CGAUCUUCAGGACGCCAACCGCACCACGACCGAAGAGGGCAAGUAAGCGAACUCCGGUGGACUGAGCCUCAUACCUUAAUCUCUGGUCACACGAAAGUCCGAAUGCGCCUUCCUUCUCGAGAUGUAGCUGUUGGUAGUCCGGGGCCCGAGUUGGAGCGUUUUUCUGGCCAUGAGCGCACGCACGAGAAUGCGGCUCUGAGCUGGAGCUCCUUUCCUGAUUCGGAAACGCUUGGGGUUUCAGACGCGGCAGACACGAGGGGUGCGCGUCGACAUCACCUCCCGCACCCCACGCAGCCGGCCCCGAUGAGGGGUUAGUAGUCCUGUAAUCGAAAUGGACUUUUGGACGAGGCUCCUGGGCGGCUCGUCGCAGAAGAGGCAGGCCGCGGCGAACGAUCCCCAACAGCGUCUGGCACGCUUCAAGCAGCGGUACAACAACGUCCUGCAAACAUGGCAGAAAACCGAUUCGCUGGCGCAGGACCGCGAGGCCCUGGGCAACAUCCGGCGGGGGUUCCAGGGCCUUACCAAGAUGCUCGACGACGAAUCCCGCCUCCCAGCACCGCACCUCUGCCUGAGCUUCGCCGCUGCCCAGCAGAUAUACACGGCCGUCUCCAAGAUCGCAGCGACCUCGCACGAUGAGGGCAUGGUCCGAGAUGCCGUGCAGUUCUACAAUGCGCUUAUCGAUAGCGAGGAGGAGGAUUUCCUGGAGAACGACGUGUUCGCCGUGUCGCUGAUGAACUUCAUCGGCCGGUCCAUAGGGUCGGGCAGCAUGGGCGUCGGAGAGGACAUCGAGGCCGACAUCGUGGAGCUGCUGUUCGGCAUCUCUGCGAAGAUCAGGUUGCAGCCCGAGAUUCUGCCCGUCUGGUUCACCACCGCGUCCGCAGACGCGAACGGGCGGGUCGUGAAUCAGAAAGUGGACUUCGCGGGUGUCACGCAGAAGGAGGAUUUCCCCCUGUGCUACCAGCUCAUCGACCGGGUCCAUCACGAAGGUCGAAUAGGAGAAUUUGCCCGCAUGGGUCUUCUGUACAUCUUCGAGUCGGCAUCCAAGGCCAUCACCCUGGAGCAAUGGAUAGUCAACAGCGACCUCCCUACGCUCAUGGCGACCGGUCUCGGGGCGUUAUACAGUCAGCUCAGCAGGAAACUGUCGAUUCUGCAUCCGCAGGAGAGCCUACCGCUCAUCUUGCAGCUUUCAGACUAUGCAGAAAUGCGGCCGAACGCGCAAGCAGAGAGUCUCUUCUCAGAAGACUUUCAAAAUCACAUGGUCACUUUCCUCUCAUACCUUACGUUCUGGCAGGAUGUGCUUGAACACUGCAAUUCCCUCGACGUCAGGCAUACUUUGAUUGAUCAUUUCCAGGUCCUAUUCCUUCAGCAGUUACUAUACCCCUCGCUCCUAGAGUCUUCUGAUGUCGACGGCGGCUCCUCCGUGGCUGUGCUCACGUAUCUACGACGCAUCCUCGACGCACUGGACCAUCCAGAGCUAGUGCAUAUGAUUCUGCAUUAUCUACUCAAUCUCUCCGACUACUCCGCUACCUCUCCCAGAGCUCCUCGCUCUCCGGCGGCGUUGAAGCGGCGGCAGUCGCUGAUGCUCCUAAAUGCUCCGAAGGAGGAAGAUGACCGGCUCAAUCCUUCGCUGUUCAAUCUGGUCGACCUGGUUGUGGGCAACACGGAUUCGCGGAAUCCGCAGACCGUCAUUGCGGCUUUGAAACUGACUACCGUCCUUCUCGGAAAGAACCACGGUUACGCCCUGAACUCUAUGGUUAAGAUCAUGACUGUUAACAACAAACAACCUCACCGAACCAUCGGCGCCUUGAAUGUCGAGCUGGAAACAUACCUCAACCUGGCAAUCAGCCUUGCGGGCGAAAGCGCCGUCGAUGAAGCAUACGAGAGCCAUCUGAAAGAUAAGCUGAGCCUGUUAGAAAAUCACCCAUGCUCUCUGAAGGCCCUUGCUCUCCCAACAACGCCGUUGCAGAGCCCCGGCUACUUUGACUCAGAUGUCGGCCCACGCGACGUUCCCCCACAUUAUUUAUUACCCGAGGACCCACUGUUCAAGACGCUCGUCGAGCUCCUACUCAGGUUCCUGACUAAUGAUAUCGAGACGAAUCUCGCUCUUACGGAAGCUAUUAUCACACUUGGGAGUUGUUCGCAGCUACGCCUCGAAGGAUGGCUGUCGGUCGAACCUACGGACUACCAUUUCCUGGACGUUAUUCCAGAGCCCAUGGACCUUUCUAACCCGGGGCUGCGCGAGAUGCACAGAGCAAGCCGGCAGCCGACAUGGGAUCCUGCUGCUACACCACAGCUGCUUGCAUGCUUGCAACAGCUUCAGACACAGGUCGAAGCGCUACGAGCCGAUAUCCAAGAUUGGGACGAGCAUGUUGCCAAUCGGAAAGAUGCAUUCCGCUUCCACGAAGAAAUGAACGAGGCAAUGAAGUCAUCUACGCCGCAGCCUAAGCCCGCACGCCCGUCUACAGAAGUACAGCCCGGUUCAUGGACUCCGCAAGUGCCCAAGCAUAUCAAGGAGGCGUCUGCCACGCCAUCCAGAGCGCAAACCCCCAGAGGAAGAAAGGAAGGCGCAGACCUGCGACACACCCCAACGGCUUCUCCCGCACCUUCCAGGCUCGGCGGCCCAACCCUUGUCGGAUCGCCCUCCCGCGGCAUGUCACCACUACCCGCACCACAAGCAUCAAAACGCCAGACUACACUCUUCACAGACAUCGAUGCUAAUCUAGCAUCCGUAAGGCACUCUGACUUCCUGAGACGCCGCAUCCGUUUCCGUAGGCCGGCCGGCUCGCAGACGGUGGAAGUCAUGUUGUCCAAAUACCAGCCGCCUCCGAGAGAAGAUGACGAUGCGACGACUGGUGCGGAGAGCGAAAAGGAGAAGGAUGAUGUACGAGAGGCAAGUUUACUACAUAUCAUUACGAAUGUAAUAAUUUUACAGGAGUUCGUGCUGGAGCUGGUAGCGCUCAUGCAGGUUAGAGCGAGUCUGUUUAGUGAGAUUAAGUUUGCUUGAGCUUGGUU